UUUCCAUCCUACCUCCAAAGUACUCAUAAUUCAAAAGACACAGCAACCACUCUCCCCCAUUAUAGAGAACAACCCCGCUGUUCUACACAAGCACAAUAUCAGAUUUGCCAUCGGACUUUUCUAGACUCCAGACUCUUUCUAGAGAGGUUCUCUGAUUCAUUUUCCCUCUCAGGCCGAGACAAAUCGACCACGGCCCAAUCCGGUUAGCGUAUCCGUUUUGCCCCUCGAGGGAAAAGAAGGAAAAUUGGAAGGGAAAAAAAGCCAGCGAGAAAAAAAAAAAACGACCCCACCAAAGUUGGAGGGAAAACAGCGCCACUAAAAGCAAUAUUAAUCUUCAACUCUUCCCCUCUUUUUCUCCUCUUCCUUUUCCCUUCCUUUCUUUUCCAGCCCCGUCUCUUUUUACCUUCAUUCCCAUCUCUUUUCAUCUUCACCCCCCUCACCAGCCAAAAUGAUUAUCUUUGAGGACAUUAUCUCCGGCGACGAGAUGGUCGCCGACACCUUCAACCUGAAGGUCGUCGAUGGCGUUCUCUUCGAGUGCGACUGCCGCAAGUACAUGAAGAGCACCAACGAGGACUUCCAGCUCGAGGGUGCCAACCCCUCCGCUGAGGGUGGCGAUGAGGAUGAGGGUGGUGAGGGUGAGAAGGUCAUGGUCCACGACAUCGAGGACCAAUUCCGUCUCGUCUGGCUCAAGACCGAGGAGGGCCUCAAGCCCUCCAAGGAUGCCUUCAAGUCUCACCUCAAGAGCUACAUGAAGAAGGUUCUUACCAAGCUCCAGGAGACCGGUGCCAGCGAGGAGACCAUCAACGAGUUCAAGAAGGGUGCCCCCGGUGCCGUCAAGAAGAUCCUGGCCAACUACGACAACUACGAUGUCCUCAUGGGUCAGUCCAUGGACGGUGAUGCUAUGCACGUCCUCAUUGACUUCCGUGAAGACGGUGUCACCCCCUACGCCACCCUCUGGAAGCACGGUCUCCGCGAGGUCAAGGUCUAAGGGAAAAUUACAAGUCAGCCUUUUCAAAUAAAAAGAUCAAUUAUACCCCUCUUGAACGUCUCCCGCUCAACCCCCCCACAUCCUCAACC